GAGUGUAGCCGUUGCACUUGUCUAACGCUCCCUCUCUCUUUUUUUCUUUCUCUAUAGCUGUUCUUCACUAUUUCUCUCUCUACCCUCACACACCACCACUGAGUAAAACACUAUCAACACAACACUCUUCUAAUUGAGGCUUUUUCCAGUGACCCAUUUGUUUAUUCUCAAUUUUUCAGUUGAAUUUCAACUGCAAUAGGUAGAUUGCGAUUUCCCCCACCAGAAACCCUAGCCAUUUCUAGAUGACCCACUUGUAAAUUCGCAAUUUUGUUGCUGAAUUUCAGCUGUGUUUGAUAGUUUCUUUGUAUCUUCUCCGCCAAUUUUGGGGAAAAAAAUGUCAGAACACGAUCUGUCCAAGAAAGUAGCCGAUAGGUAUCUCAAGCGUGAGGUUCUUGGUGAAGGUACAUACGGUGUGGUGUACAAAGCCAUAGAUACGCAGACAGGGCAGACUGUGGCAAUUAAGAAGAUCCGGCUUGGCAAGCAGAAAGAAGGGGUCAAUUUUACGGCUCUCAGAGAAAUUAAACUGCUUAAGGAGCUCAAAGAUCCAAACAUUAUUGAGUUGAUUGAUGCCUUUCCACAUAAAGGGAAUUUACAUCUUGUGUUUGCCUUCAUGGAGACAGACCUUGAAGCUGUUAUACGGGACCGGAAUAUUGUUCUUUCACCCGGUGACAUAAAAUCUUACCUUCAGAUGACACUUAAAGGCCUUGCUGUUUGCCACAAGAAAUGGGUGUUACAUAGGGAUAUGAAGCCAAAUAACUUGUUGAUAGGAUCUAACGGACAACUGAAACUUGCAGAUUUUGGUUUAGCUAGGGUAUUUGGAAGCCCAGAUCGUAGGUUCACUCAUCAGGUAUUUGCAAGGUGGUAUAGAGCACCUGAACUAUUAUUUGGUACCAAGCAGUAUGGUCCAGGGGUAGAUGUUUGGGCUGCAGCCUGUAUUUUUGCUGAGCUUCUUCUUCGUCGACCCUUCCUGCAGGGUUCAAGUGAUAUUGAUCAAUUAGGAAAAAUUUUCGCAGCAUUUGGAACUCCAUCUUCUUCUCAGUGGCCCGAUAUGAUCUACCUACCUGAUUAUGUUGAAUAUCAACAUGUUCUUUCUCCACCUUUGCGUUCUUUGUUUCCAAUGGCAAGUGACGAUGCUCUGGAUUUGUUGUCAAAGAUGUUUACCUAUGAUCCAAAAGCCAGAAUUUCAGUGCAGCAGGCAUUAGAGCACAGGUACUUCUCUUCUGCACCUCUGCCCACAGAUCCUGUUAAACUUCCAAGACCUGCCCCUAAGAAGGAAUCUAAGGCUUCGGAUGCCAUUUCAAACGAAGGUCCUACUGUCUUGUCACCUCCUAGAAAGUCUAGGAGAGUAAUGCCAGGGCGUGAUGGGUCUGAAGGCAAUUCUUUGCAAGGAGAUAAGUUUGAUGACAGUGUUAGUGUCAGACAGGCAGCUGGUGAUAAUACUGGCAAAAAUGAGCCAGUUCCAAUGUCCCUAGAUUUUUCUCUUUUUGGAUUGAAACCUCCAAAUAGACCUACAAUUACCAGUGCUGACAGAUCACAUUUAAAAAGAAAGUUAGAUCUAGAAUUUUAGCAACCUGGAUGAAAUAUUCUAAUGGUGGUUGCAUCAGUACAUUGAGAAAAAACACUGCGUAUCAGCUUCGGUUGUAUGUCAUUCCUUCCUUCUCUCUCUGUCUGCAUGAAGCUACUAUGAUUAUGUUGAUUUUAAAAGGAAGAAGAACGUAGCAGUGAGAGCGGAUUAACAAGCAUCUCACUUAUAUAGUAGUUUCAAGAGAGUUGAAAGUAACUAUCAUAGAUUAAAAAAAUAAGUAACCGUACUCUUUGGGUCCCUUUGCUCUGAAUUUUUUGUUCUCAGCAUUCAACAGAACUUGUAUCUCUUCAUGGAUGCUUGAUGCUUGGUUGAGGGCUUUUUCUUGAGCCCUUGCCUCACGCUUCACAAAGUAAUGGUGGGGAAAACUGGAUGUUAACAUUGAUUUGUUAUUCAACAUAAAGAGAAAUUAUUGUUUACACUCAAAGUGUAUAAUAUGUAUUUUCUUGGGGGGUUUUGCACUGAUCAAUUUUUUUCUUUGUAGACAUCGUGGUUGAUUUUGGCUGAAUGCAUGCUCUUCUGGAGUGCUGUGUUUGUGCAGAACCUUGGUUUAAUUUUUGUUUAACAAGCUAAUGAUUUGAACUUUCAUUUCAGUGUGUGCUAAUUUACUACUGUCUUAUAUAGUUUUCAUUCUUAAAGCAUUGUUGAUGUUUCUUAUACCAGUUUUAGAUGGAGAUGCUGUCAUGCAUGUUUGUGUGCAAAUUAAUUUUGUAAAGAAAAAUGUAUUGUUUUUCGAUAGUUGUUUCAGAAAGUAAGGAAAGAACAACAAUUGUUUCCUUAAA